AAUUUCACGGUUCUGUGAGUAUAUUUCGAUCCAAGGUAGAAUUGAAUGUUUUAUAAGGCAUGAAAGAUUGCAUUGGUACGAUGAAAUCGUUUAAAAACGUUGUCAUAAUUAUAAAAUUUCCGAUGUUAGGUCAUGUUAGGGUUAGAAUUAAAUUUUCUCAUUGGCAAAGACAUAUUCCCUGUACAAAAAGAUAAGGCAUGUGUCUUGUGAAUACGACAAUGAUAAAUGAGUCUGUUCAUCUGACCCUUAGCUCUAUUGUCUUUUCUUAUCCAAUAGGAGAAAAGGUAUUGUUUUCCGAGAGGUCCUCCUUCACCAUAUAAAAUAGAAGAACGGAGACAAAACGGGCUAAUUCAGUUACACAAGUAGCAAUCAACAUGUCUGGUCGCGGUAAAGGAGGCAAAGGUCUAGGAAAAGGAGGCGCCAAGCGUCACCGAAAGAUCCUUCGUGACAACAUCCAAGGCGGUGUCAAGCGAAUCUCUGGCCUGAUCUACGAGGAGACUCGUGGUGUUCUCAAAGUUUUCCUUGAGAACGUGAUCCGUGAUGCUGUGACAUACACUGAACACGCCAAGAGAAAGACUGUGACAGCCAUGGAUGUGGUGUACGCUCUGAAACGACAAGGCCGUACUCUGUACGGAUUUGGCGGUUAGAUUGCACAGUCUGCCAACACAAACAAACGGCUCCUUUAGGAGCCACCAAAUCUCUCAAAAGUCAUGACCAAGAGUGAAACAGUUUGUUAUUGCAUUUAAGUGAAGUGAAAGUGUUUAUGAGUCGUCAGGUAUCUCUCGUAUGAUAGACCGUCGCACGAAAACUGAACAUUUUUCUGUCAAAUUGAAAGAUUGCUCACUUGAGUUCUGAUUGUAAACCUCGAUGCGAAUUGACAAAAGAUUCUCAUGUCACAAUUAUAACGAAACCCCCCUAACAUAAAAAGGUCUUUUUUUAUGAAUUUACGCGCAGACUGAAUUGGACAAAAGAUAGUCGCUGACCAUCAGUCUACUGCGAGCAGUCUCUUUUGCUCGAAAAUCCCUUGGGAAGAACGCAAAGAAGUAAACGAGCGCAGCUCGAGGUUCCGCCGCUCGCAUGUCACGCUCACUUGUUUUGUGUUCUUGAGCUUCGAGCAAAAGAGAGACUGCUCACACUCUAUCAGUCUACUGAAAAAAAUUAAAACACUGUUACAAAUGAGCCUCUUGAUGAAGGAGGAAAAAAUUCACGAAGACUGCUGUGUUUAAGUUUGUUGAUGAACUUCAAAGGAUUUUCAAAAACGCGUCUUUUUCCCGAUAAUGUCGUGUGCACAUUUGGUGCAUGAAAUAUAAAUAUUAGCAUGAUGAAAGAAUAAAGGCUAAUAAAAUUUAA